AUGGAGAAGAAGCGGAAGCUCCCCGCGAGGUCGGCCCGCGUUGAGAAUGCCAACAAACGCCGCAAUGUGACUCCGCGAGCCGACCGCUCCGUCACGCCUCCUCCGCCGCCCGAACCCGUCGUCAAGGAGCCGUCACCAACGCCGCCGCCGCCGCUGCCAACCUCGCUCCAGCCCGGUCAGCCGUUGCCCACGAUCGAGACUCCGCAGCCCGGCGACCUGCCUAUCAAAGAAUAUCAAUCCAUUUCAGAAAGGCAUUUCACCCUCCACAGCGGCGUUCUCGCGGAAUCCCUCUCGCGGUCUCGAUAUCGAUGGAUCAACGAUGGGCUCUUUGAAAAGUUUUGGACCAAGCCUCACAAGCGCAAGGGCGUGCUGAACGAGGACCCAAAGAACCCGCCCAAAGACAGCAUGACCCGAGUCGGUAACGUCACCAUCACCAUCGAGCCGCAUAUUAUCGAGGCCACCAUGUACGUGGUCAAGGAAUCCAAGCAGCUGUCUCAGCCGCAAGUCCAGGCGCAGCCGCCGCAACCGCAGUCACAACCUCAGCCGCUCGCUCGACCGGUGCUUCAAUACGGCCCUCCGAAUGGCUCAAUGCCCCCUCCGCCUACGCCUGGAUCGGCGGCAUCGACGCCAAUUCCAACCGCAGCCACCACCCCCAAGCCCCUCGCUGCCCCGAGCCCUUCUCAGCGGCCAUCGACGUCCUCGACGAGCGUCUCGGGGAUUCAGCCUACACCUUCGCCGCUCACGACCAUCAACGUAGCUACAUCACCAUCGCCCAGCCCGGCACCCUCUGCGCAGCCUGCUGCCCUGCCCCCUGCGCCUACACCCUCUCUUCCGGCAGCAGCAGCUCCCCCGCCUCCAAUUCGACCGCCCACGAAUCCCCUCCCGGGACAGCAGCCAGCCUAUACCGGCACGCCGUUAGCGAGGCCCCCACCACCGCCGCCGCCGUCCACAACCACAGCACCGCAUAAUCGACCGGCCAAUGCUGGGCCAGCUCAGUCUCCAGCUGGGGUGAAGCCAGCAGCGCCAGUUGCAGGACGACCUCCGGCGAAGCCUGUUCCCAACGAUCCGGUGAUUGCCCUGCUCGCGCAGAAGGCCUCAGGGGAUCCAGAGCUGCGAGAUCUCAUGAAGAGAGUUGCCGUUGGCCAGGCCAAACAAGGGGAACUCGACCGCUUCCAGAAGAUUAUUGAUCAGUUGAAUGCGGAAUAUCGGCGAAGCGGCGGGCAGCAGGGUCCUUCCGCCGACAGGCUGCUCGUAGAUGGAAGGACGGUCAAGUACUUUGCAGAUGAAGUGCGGACCAUUCUCGACAUUGUUUUGGCCUCCAACCCACGCCAGAGAUCAAGCGAGCUAAGACCGCCGCCAAGGAGCGAUCCCUUGGUCGUACUGCUUGUAAAGGCCGCUCUGGAAGAUCAAAAGACCAGCGAUAUGAUUCGACGCAUUGCUGAGGGCCGUCCCGGCUUUACGGAUGCAACAGAUCUUAAGGAAAUCCUCGACCGGCUUCACAGAGACGCGAAGCCCCCUCCUCAGGCGUCGCCUGCACCUCCACCAGCGAAGCAGCCGCCAAGCGAUGCUCCCAACGGCCACAUGCGAGUUUCAAAUCCUCCAACCCCACAGCAGGCGAACCCGCAGGCACUACGGUCCAAGGGACCACCACCAGCGCCGAAGCCUGACAUUUCCGCCGUAGUAUUCGAUUUCGGAACCGGAGAUCGCUAUCUGUUCCCCAAGUUUAGCAUCCUGGAGUACCUGCCCAGCUCGUCUGGCCAAGAAGUGGUUGCAUCGUUCCUCAUUGUCCGCAAAGGAAGCACGUCCGAGUAUGGAGGGGACCCCAAACUUGACUACUACCAACCCGUCACGAUACGCAUCUCUACGCAGACUGGACGCAUUUUGGAAAACCUGAUGCGCGUGGUGGCCCCCCAAGACGAGGUACGACGGUACAUGGACGACGUUAUGGACAACAUGACGCGUGCCGAGUAUGUGUUACUGGCAAUGCAUUUGCCAAGGGCGUCAAAGGAGGAAAAAGCAAACGGCGUGCUCGAGGAACCCAAGACGAAUGGAUCAACGCCCAAGGUCGAGACGGACUCUGAGCAGACCGUGGAAGUGAAACCGUCUGUUCUCUGGACCAAGUCGACCAACUCGACUAAGCAGCUUGAGUUUUUGAAGCCUCCAGAUCCUGAGGAAGAGAACGAAGCCAAGUAUAAGCGCCUCAUUCAGUCUGUCACUGCGAAAGAAGUAAGAGAUUAGCGUUUGACUCUCCGCGAUGGCAUAGAGUGUUUGGCAG